CAGUUGACAAGUAUGAUGCCCACUCAUCUAUUUGGGUGCUCAAUUGACGAACUCGAUGAGCUCAGUUAUUACCAGGCUCUCAACUGGCGAACACUGGCGAGCUCGCACUCAUUUUCUCUCUCACUUUGGUGCAAUUCCAGUGACAACACGAACAAGUACUCGGAAAAAACAAGUCUUCGGAGAGCUACUAUUUCCACUUUCAAGACGUUCGCUUUUCAGGUUCCAAUGGAACCAGUCAUCAAGGUUCGCUACAAACCCAAACGGAUGGCCGUCACCCAGAUGAUGUGGUUCUGCUGCGUGGUGGCUCUGGUCGCAAUGUCCACGUGGAUCCCCAGGGUGUCCAGUAUGAAUCGUUGCGACAAAUCCCCCCAGGAGACCAGUGCUCCCAACACGGAAGGUGACAACGGGUUUGCCAUCACCAUCACCGGUUCUCCCCGGCUCUAUCGACCAGAACAAAUCUACACCAUUAAACUGACGAACAUUAACGAGGAAGUCUUGGCCAAGUUUCAAGGAUUCAUGGUCGUGGCCGAACCCUCCAAAGGGAACAAUGGUCCCAUGGGCCGUCCCAAUGCUGAGCGCAAUCUGGGCAAGUUUCACCUUCUGCCAGGGGAUGCCAUGACCAAGUUCUCACAUCGUUGCUCUCAUUCCGUGGAAGCGGCAAGCUCCAUUUCCAAGGAGUCCGUCCAGUUCUAUUGGACCGCCCCACCAAUUGGAUCAGGAUGUAUCGAUUUUCAUGCCAUGAUCGAGGAGCGAAAAGAUGUUUGGUAUGCCGACGAUGGGAGUCUCACGUACACACUUUGUGAGGAUAAGAGCCCGUUGGCUAAACCUCCGAUCAUUGAACCAUGCUGCGCCUGCAAUGAGGCCAAAUACGAGGUCUACUUUGAAGGCAUCUGGUCGAGGCACACCCAUCCUAAGGACUUUCCUCCGGAUGAAUGGCAGACCGAAUUCUCUCAAUUGAUUGGAGCCAGUCACAACUUGAACUACUCAUUUUGGGAAUAUGGACAAACAGCCACCCAAGCCCUUCAGCUGUUGGGAGAAAAGGGCAUUACUUUCCGCUUGGAAUCCCAGAUGAAGCUCUUCAGUGAUAGCAUAAGGUCGGUCAUCAAGGCUCAUGGUCUUCAACAGAGAUCCAAUGUCAUGGGGCGGACAUUUGCGGUGUUCCGAGUGGACCCAAACCACCACCUUUUGUCUUUGGUGUCCAAGAUGAUACCAAGUCCUGAUUGGAUUGUGGGACUGUCCAAAGAGAAUUUAUGCCUGGCUGAUUGCACUUGGGUGGAGAACCGAGUGAUCGAUUUGUACCCCUGGGACAUUGGUACUCAAAGUGGGAUGAGAUAUGACUCACCUGAUCAACCCACCAACCCAAGGAGCAAGAUUCAGCGGAUUACCUCAAGUAACCCAAAUGAUCCAGAGUCCCCUUUCUUUGAUGAAACAAGUGCUCCAAUGAAACCUGCUGCACGCCUGCACAUCUUAAAACAACGUGAAUACAAGAAACCCUGUCCACCUGGAAGACUUGGUCCCAUUAACAACAUGAACCCAAGUUGGAGUGCCAUUGGUGGAGCAUUCAUGCCAGACUCCUCCUCUUCCUACCCUGACGGAUCAAUGGGCAUGCCUGGUUCCAUUGGGCAAAUGAAUCCAGGAAUGUACGGCGGGGAGAAUCAAAACUAUGGCGAUCUCUCCGGAGGAGGUGGCGGCAAUGGUGGAGCUCUAGGAGGCGGACGAUAUGAUCCACCAAGCAAUAACUAUGACAAUCAGAAUAGCUAUCUCUAUGGGGAAGGUAUUGGUCAACCUACGGAAACCGAACUUUACGGACAGGGAGCAGGAGGAUAUGAUCCCUACGGACAAGAUGCUGGAAGCAACUCGCCUUACGGCAGCCGAUUCCCAACCACAACUGAACAACAACCCAAUGAAAACUCAAACUCUUUCUUUGGGAAUCUGUUUUCUGGCGGAAACUCCCGAAACGACCAAGAAAAUGAGGAAGACAACGCUUGCCAGUUGACUGAAUGGGGUCAAUGGGAGCCUUGCUCUCAGACUUGCAGUGGACCUGGAUCGUCGAGGGUUCGAUGGAGGGAAUAUGUCUACAAAAUAAAAGCGCGGUACAGCAGUUGCCAAGAACAACUAAUGGAUAAGGAGCCUUGUCGAGAAUUGCCCAAGUGUGAAUCUCGGGAUUACGGGCAAGCAUACAAUCCCUUCAGAGAGUUCCGCGAUGAUCGCCCAUGGUCAGAAAGGGGUCUCCAGUCUGAUGCUUUGGGAGCCGCUCCAGUCAGUUACUCCUACGAUUCCGGAUCCAAGAACUACGAUCCAUCGUUCCAAUCCAGACCCUCUCCAUACAAUCCUCCAUACCGCAGUGACGGUGCCCAACAAAAUGAUGAAUCCCAUGCUGGAGAGGAUGAAUUCUCAUCCAAUUCCUAUGGGAACUCUUAUAUAUACGGGCACAGUGAUACAAAUGGGGAUGUUGAUCUGCCUCGAUAUUCAAAACUGAAUGCCUUGCCCGAUGAAUACGACGUGGAAGAUCAAAAUUGUCAAGUGACUCAAUGGGGAGCUUGGAGUGAUUGUUCAAGUCAAUGUGGAACCGGCCAUAGGACUAGACAACGACGUUACACGGAGCACGACAGAUCUGCAGGUUGUUCGGAGGAGUUAGACGACCAGGAGCCUUGUAUGGGUCAAGGUAAAGGCUGCCCGAACCAAAAACCCGGCGUUACCGGUCUUGGUUUUGGCUUUACCAAUCACAAUGGCUACUUCAAUCCCAAUGCCAACAUGAUGUGCGCCAUGACCUCCUGGGGAGAAUGGAGUCCGUGCAGCUCCAAGUGCGGAACAGGCACGAGGAUGAGGAUGCGACUCUUCCGGGUGCCUUUUGUGGACAACCGUCGGUGCGAUAUUAGUCUCAUCGCCAAAGAGAUUUGUUUGGGAACAGAUGAGGGGUGUGACUCGUCCACAGGGUUCUUGAACGGCCCUGCCACGUAUGAUAUGGACGCUUCUGACCAAGACGACGAAUUCGACCUGGUAUUUCCAGUGUCGAACCAAAUGGAUCCCUACUACCAGUCGGUGGACCCGUAUAACCGCUACAACAACCAGUACGAGUUGCACGAUAACGAGAUCAAUAUCAGACCCUUGCCCGAUCAACCCAGACAUGUGUCCUACUCUUAUCAACGACAUGACGAUGACUUUGUCUGCUCCAGUGAUCCAGACCCCGGAUCCUGUCAAGGCCACUUUCCAAGGUGGUACUAUGACACUCAAAGCGAAACCUGCAAAGAGUUCUCAUACACUGGAUGCAAAGGGAACAAGAACAACUUCAUCUCCUACGAGCGCUGCAUGAGUGUUUGUGGCAGUCAAUUUGGCUCGCACAACUGGGAUGUGGAGGAGCAAGGACCUUUUGGCAAGCUGAAGGCCAUGAACUCCAUCAAGAUUGACCGCAACCCCAGGGUUAUCAUUGAUUGUCAAGUAUCCACAUGGAGCGAGUGGUCAGAGUGUUCGAAAUCCUGCGGCAUUGGCUGGCAGACGAGAGAACGUGAGAUCAUCCUGGAGACUCAAGGAGGAGGCAAAAGAUGUCCCAGGAAACUCGAGAGAAGGAGAAAGUGUAGCAAGAUCCCUUGCCCAACAGACAGCCGCUACUGGUACAGGGGUAGUUGGAGGCACAUGGUGAGCAAUGACGACGUUCAGCGGGCUGGAAAGUAAACACGAAGAAUGAUUUCAAGUCUGACCAACCCGCGACUUGCCUUGGGAAUCCCUCGCCCCGGACAUUUGGGAGCAGGACCCCUCGACACAGGACAAUAUGACGCGUAAACAAAAGCCACGUCCAGCCAUGACUUAUGACAAUUCUGACACGGACAAAUGGACGAUUGACACCCCAGUAGGUAAAUGGUUUCCCCACAGGCCCAUUUGCAGGACCCCUCGACAACCACCGGACUUUUAGAUGACACAAGACUGGAUAGAAUAACGACGAAAAUUGACUGACUUGCUCCACAACUUGACAAAAUCGACCCAAGACAUUCCAUUAGACCCAAACAUUAAAUAGCUACCCAAUACCAUAGUCACAUCGAUCUAGGACAGUCUGCUAACUGUCGACAACCUAGGAUAUAAGGAUUCGUACACGUAAUGUUACUUUAUAAUGAUUGUUCAGGCAAAAGGCUUCAUGUAUAAUGUUAUUCAAUAAAGUUACCCACUGCAUCACACAAACUCA